CGAUGAAUAUUUAAGUCCCGUAAGCCGCGUUUUAGGAGCUCAGUCGAGUUGGUGACGUUGGCAAGGUUCGUGUGAGUAGUUAAUGCGAAAUGUAAAGUUAACGUGAUCGAUAACGUGCCAGCGGUAAAACAAAAGAGGGAUGCGAACUUAACAAAUUAGUUAAUAAAAUGCCUUCACUAAUUAACGAAGUCCUCGCUGUGAUAUUUUUAAUUAAUUCAUGUUUACCUCCAACGAAAGGUGUACUAUGUUACAAAUGCACAAUCGUCGCCCCGCCCGCCCACGUCAACGUCACCAAGCGGCUCUGUUCGGACUUCGACGCAUCCGAUAAGUUCAUCGUCGACUGCCCCUACUCGACAUUUUGCGUGAAGAAGACGUACACCGUCGACCUUAACUCGGUGCUAGUAAAUGGAACGUCGCGCGAUUGCGCCCAACAAAUGAACGUCGUUCAGGAAUACAAAAACAACAGAUGGGAGAGGAGAAUCCUAAUCGAGGAGCCUUACACGGAGGGGUGCGCGGAAACCGACGAUAAAGGACAACGUUCCUCGGACAGCAAGCAUUGCUACUGCAAGGGAAACCUGUGCAAUUUGGCGACGAGAGGAGGACUGAGUAUAAUUCCUGUGAUCAUCUCCUGCUUUCUUUUUCUACUGAUAGAUGGCGCUAGAUGAUAUUUUCAUAUCGCUUUGUACAUUUUUGUAAAGUUAUUUGUAAUUUAGAAUAAAUACUUUUGUGAUUUUUUUGAA